AUGGACUUCCCGCUGUUGAAGAGACAGCUCAAGGAAUGGGAGCACGACUUCAUCCGGCGACACAGCAGGCCGCCCACGCGCCGCGACGUAGACGCGUCAGCUCCAAUGAAGGCCAAGUACAAGCAGUACUCGCAACUCAAGGCCGCAAGAGCCAGGGGCGAGCGACAACAACGCACACCCGUGAAACAGGCGCCUGUGGAGAGGUUGCGGGAGACCCCGGACUGGCAGUGUGGCCCCACGCCGCAGGUGCUGGGGGAGUCCGUUGGGAUUUUGGAUCUGACACCAGUCGUGAAAAGACUCGAUAUAAGAGUCGACCCGGACUCCGAGGAGGAGGACGACAAGACUCUGGGAGAAAGCCAGGUGGAUACUCCCGUGGAGGCCCAGGUGGAGGCGCUUGACAGUACAGUUACGUUGCUGCGACCGCCAUCGCAGAGCAGGUAUGGCCCAAACUCGCCGCUCAAGAUUGGGUGCGCUUUGAAGUGGAAAAAGUCGCCCAAGGGGCAGGUGCGGGCGUCACCGCUGAAGUACACGCCGUCACCGCUGUGGAAACGGUCGUUGACCAAGUCGCUUGCCGAGUUGGAAAACGAGUUCCAGUCUGUCCGCAGGGAAUUGAAUAUCACAGAGGAGGUUGAAACGGAGGAUGAGCAGGAGCAAGAGCAAGAACAUAUUCCAGAAAAGAAGAAGAGAAACAGGCGUAUUCUCCGUAGGCUGGAUGCAGGUCAAGGGGACGAGGCGGCCGUGACGGAUCAGACCGAUCUCCACGGCAUGAUGCUCAAAUUGAAGAACGGAGAAACGAUAGAACGGGAACCACAGCCGGUCAAGAAUGAGCCAAAACGUAGUAAGAAACCCAAAAAGUACAACUUGGUAAGUGAUAACUUCAGAAGACUCAAACUGCCCACGAACAAGUCCAGAAAAAACGCUCGAAACUGGAGGAGAAAACAUUGA